AUGGCGGGGGCUUGUGAUAAAUGGCAGCAGAGAGGUUCUGGUGAGAGGAAUGUGACCCAGCUUCAGUUCAUCAGUAGCUCCAGCAGCGUAUCCACCGCUAAAACCACCACCAUCCGUCUUCGAGACAUUUAUGAUCCCCAGACUCAACCUCCCAAAGCCCCUGUCCAGAUCCGGCCUCCUGGUCCAAGACUUCCCCCUUUAAAGGAACCUGUUUUAAAGCACAGCUUGUCCAGUGAUCCGCCAGCCAAGGCGAUCAUGAGGAGACGGACCCAGUCUCUUCCUUCGUCCAGAGAGAGGAUGAAAGCACUUAGGAGCCCACAGGUACGCUUCGUGGACUCACUGGGCCUGGCAUUAGAACAAGUUAAGGUCUUCAAAGUUCAAGAUCACCCCCUGAUACCACAACAUGUUAUGUUCAGGCUGCUGAUGAGCUCUGAACUGGCUUUUGGGAAGACAUUAGAACUAUCCCUCCCUUACUUCAAACCUUGUUUCCCUGAAAAUAUGGGAGCUCAGCCAGACUUUCUGAGGCGUCUCUGCACUCAGUGUGUGUGUCUGGAGCAGGUCCUGUGCUCAGAACAUGGGAUAACAGGCACUGUACAGGUACUUAAUAUAGCUUAUGAGAAGGAGGUCACAGUGCACUACUCUUUCACCAACUGGAAAACAUACACAGAUGCAAAGGCAUCAUGGGUUUCACGUGGGCACCAGGGAGAGUGUAACGCUCCUAAUACAGAUGUCUUCAGAUUUUAUCUGCCAGUCCCACCCUUUAUUUUGCAGCCAGGAUCUGUUUUGGAAUUUGCCAUCUGCUACCACGUAAAAGGAUCUGAUUACUGGGACAACAACAACAGGAAAAAUUAUAAACUGUCAUGCCACAGCUACAAAGUGACUGUGCCAAGAGAGUGUGAGGAUAGCAUGCUGCAUUUUACCUGA